UAACAUCAUUAUUUAUUAUCCGCUGAGCUAGCAAAAUGGUUGUGUUUAAUGAAUCAUAUUAAACAAAUAAAUAGAGUAAUUAAACUUAUUUGGUGUUAGUUUAAACUAAAAUCUGUUAAAAUGGCGCUGGGUGCCUUUGCCGAAGAGUAUUUUCGGACUAUGAAUCCAAUAGCUUCGAAAAUACACGAAGAUAUAGAGGAUGCAAAAAAUUCUUACGAAAAUAUAUGGGAUUCACUUACGGAAAAAGAAAAGACCGAAAUAAUAAACGAAUCGAUGAUAAAACCAGACAUAGCAUUAAAGUACGCUCUCCUAGACACACUGGACUUUGACAUCAACGACCCGCCCGUCAGAAAAGACGAUCUCAUGUCGUUCUUUGGACGCGACCACGGGCAGAAAGUCAUUCAAGACGAGAACACAUCAUUUCGGGACGAACACAGUAGUCCAUUUCUCUACCAGACGAAAAGCCAGUUGAAUCUAUGUGUACUCAGCGAGUGUAGACUCCCAAAAGAUGUGAAACCUACCUCGCCGCCCCCGGUCAUGUCUGAACUGGCUUUAUCUCACUCAAAAGUGGUAUCCGAACUCAAAAAUGCCUUGAAAUCUCAUGAGGUUCUACGCAGUUCGUAUAAGGAUGAUCGGGAGGUCACUUCCCCCGGUUUUAUAAGUAAGUUUAUCGGGAACUUCAAGAGUAAGGAUGAGGAGAGAGAGUGCUUGGUUUCUCUGGCACCUCAGACGCAGGUUGUGGCGUCAUCGGAGAAUUUCUUCAGAACUAAUUUCAAGAGUCCACAGACCGAAAGCAAGUUUGAGAAGGAUUAUCGAAGCAGUGUUGUCAUGUCCAGUAGUGAUUUAUCUGAGGAGAACCGUGGCCUCCUGUCUUCAAGCCAGGCAUCAUCAGGAACUGACUUCCAAUCAACGGAAACCCUCACCGAUACCGGAGUACCAAAGACUGGCUAUGAUUUCCUUGAUAACUGGUAAUAUUUAUAAACUAUAAUUGUAAUAUCCAUGUUAUUAUUUAUGCCCGGGCAUUUUUUAUACAUAAU